CAAACUAAGGGUACACAGACUCAAAUGUUGUUGUUUUCCACCAGGUCAGAGCCCAUGGAUCAGCAGACGGAGAGGCUUCAGCUCAAAGGUCCCAGGUUAAAAACAUCUUAGGCAUUAGCAGAUCUUCGAGGAUUGGCUGGAUCAUCCACAGCUUCCUGAACCUGGUCCCUGGCGUCGCCAACGACCAGGAGAAGAUGGCCGAGACGACAGAGCACCACGACAACUGGCUGAAGCUGGAGCUGAUCGACCAUUACGAGAGGAUGACCAAGAAGAAGAGGAUGAGUUCAGCGUCGAUGCAGCAGUGGCUGGCGGGAGCUGCGGUUCAUCUGCACAUGAGGAUUCACCAGGUCCGUCUUCACUCUGUUCCUUUGGGAUCAGCAGAGUCGCUGCGUUUCUCCUAUAAGUCGGCGUUGAGUCACCUGGUGCAAGGAUACACAUCCUAUCUGCACAGAAACAUCCAGGAGACUCCAGCAUCCAGGAAACCCAGAGCAAGGAUCGUCAGUCGACCAGAAAAUACAAAUAUCAGCUGCUCAAGUAAUCACAUUUCUAAUAAUAGCCUGGUUAACUUGAAUGAGACUGGCACACCCAAUAUCACAGCAGGAAACAACAGACGUUGUAUAACAAACACACCCAGCGGAGACUUUGGAUCUAAGGUGACAAACAGAAGCAAGGUGACUGUUGGAGUGAACAGAGAGACACUCAAUGAUUCGAUUCGAUACGAGGACGUUCAGGGUCUGAUAGUUAUCGAGCCGUGGAGGAAUGUGAGUCACGAUGUGCAGCAUCACCCAUGUAAGUCUCCGGCCAUACAACAAGCUCUGGUGACGCGUAUAAUAAACGCUCAGGACCUCGAGAGGAACAGAAACUUCUUCCUGUACCAAGAGAAGGUUCUCCUCAGCUUUCUCAGGCAGAGUGACGACUUCGAGCUGAAGACAAAUUAGACAGAAUUAGAAAGUAACUAAGUAGGCAUUUGGUACAGUACUUAGUGGAGUAGAAGCACAAAGCAGCAUACAAUGGAAAUACUAAAGUACAAGUAUCUCAACAUUUUUGCUUAAGUAGCCUACAGUACUUACGUAAAUGUACUUACCGUAGUUACUUUACACCACUGGGUUUUGAUAAUCAAAAUCUUGUGUAUGGGAAAAGUUUGACAUGUUGGGAAAUGGACUUAUUGAAUACAUUUCAGACAGUUAGAUUUGAAAAAUAAUCAUCUCUAAAGUUAAAUAAUUAACACGUUACAUGUGGUUUGUUGUGUUUUAUUUUCCAUGGUUGCCAGUCCAACUGUUUUCUUUCUUCUUCAUACGGAAAUAUAAGGAAUACAAUAAGUAACAU